UUCAGGUCCACAUUUCUUAUACCGAACACACACUUCAGAAUUUUUUUCUCCAUUUUUAUAGACUUUUCUUGGUUCUUUCACCCAAAAAUAAUCCUAACGCCUUGUUCCGUAAUUAAAUGAUCUCAUCAUAUCUCUCAAUAUUGAUUUUUUUGUUUAUUAUAUAAAAGAUCGGUUCCUUUGCUCUCCACUACUAAGGAGUACGAUCGAUUCGAAAAAAAAGAUGGGGAGAUUGUUCUUGGUGGAAUUGGAAGGCAAGUCCUACUGUUGCCGUCAUUGCAAAACUGAUAUCGCCCUCUGCGAUGAUGUCGUCUCCAAGUCAUUUCAAUCACGCCAUGGGAAAGCUUACCUCUUCAGUAAGGUAGCGAAUGUGUAUGCUGGGAAGAAGGAAGAUAGGAUGAUGAUGACCGGGAUGCACACCGUGGUUGAUAUUUACUGCGUCAAAUGCGGCUCUUAUGUUGGAUGGAGAUAUGAGUUUGCUUUUGAGAAGACUCAAAAGUACAAGGAAGGGAAAUCUGUUCUCGAAAGGUACAAGGUUUGGGGUCCAGAUGGGAACAAUUACUGGGUGGCUCAAGAAGUUGAAGCUGAAGCUGGAGAUAGUGAUACUGAUGAUUGAUGAUGAUGCUUCUUCUUCUUCUCAAAUAACUCAUUAUCUGAUUUGUACAUUCUCUCCUCCUCUUUCAUCUCUCCUAUCAUUCUUUUCAAUGUCUUUUUUUUUUCUCAUUGUCUGAACUCUGAACAAUCCAUCUUCCUUUAGGACACAUUCAGAGAUCAAUUGUUAUGUGUUGCAACCAUUUGUGGAACACUUACAAUUAGAAUAUCUCUCAUUAUCUUAUUUAUCAAAGCUUUUAAGUUCUUUUCUU